GUGCCGCCAUCGCGACACCGCCCCGGAGCCAAUGCCGAGCAUGGCCCUCGCUGCUGCGAAGAAGGCUGCGGCGGAGCAUCCGGGUCUGUGUGGGGUUUACCACGCUCACAUAAUAGCAGCCGUGCGGACCGAGGACGUGACAAGUCGAUCGGGCUCCACCGCUGCCAACAAGUUCCGCAACCAAGCGUGCUACGACGGGGCCAUGGCAAUGAAUGCGCGUGGGAAGGGAGUGCAGCUGAAGAGAGCAGAGUGCUUCACGCAUGCCGGCCGGGCAGUGUGGCCUGGAAAUGAGGAAAUGGAGGCCUCUGUGGUGGAGGCAAGAACGUCGUGGAUGAAGGCCGGCUGUUUUGUAUGAGGACCUGCGGCCGAAUGUAUGUCCGUUUUCCGUGCUUUCAUUUUGUCUUGGUUAUUUUUUAUGCCGCAGCACUGUCGUCGGGAGAUGAGCGUUGUUGUAGUGAUGAAAUNACUUAUGCAUGUAUGCGGAUGUGGACGUGGGCUUUCCAAGAGGGGUGCCGAGAAACAACCGCCCUGUCUUGAUGUAUGCUUUGAUUUUUGAAAAAGAACACCGCGUGAUGCGUGCGUGAUCAGGAUGUGAAUGGUAGUCUACCUGAUCGGCAGCGCAUGAGGGUUGCAGCUGCACCGGUGGCUACACCCCGGUCUACAUAUACGGGCCCAAGAUUGUCGGACGACGUCGUAGUCUUGAUUCGUUAUUUGGCUUUUUUUGUUGCUUUGUUAGAGAGCGCUUGCCUGCGAGAGCGUUGGACUCUUUUGUUUAUUGUCAUGCCCGGCAAUGACACCAGCGAUGCCUGGCGUAUAGUCUUUCUCGAAGUGUGCACCCUUGUGGGGUAGUUGGCCUGUGACCAUGGUAGACGUGCGCGUCACACGGGUACGGAUAUUAGAUGGCUCUGACCAGAGGCUGCCGCUGUUUUUUCAUGUGAAGA